UUGCACAUCCCACCCAGUGCGGCAGCGGGGCAGCGGGGCAGCGGGGUGCGUCCGACCGCAUCUCUCGCAUUGGAAAAGCUUUGUGGUUGGGGUGACAUCGCCAGGAGAGUUGAAGAGCGCUCGAGAGAUGGACGAAUACAGCGAGUUCGCCAGCGACGACUUCGACGUGAAGGGAUGGAUCAAUGCUACGGUAGCUAGCCAUCUGCAGCUGCAGCAGCAGGCCGCCGGGGGAGCAGGGGCCGGUAGCAACGGCUCACUCUCGGCGGAGCACGUUCGUCUGUCUUCGCCGAGUGCUCACAGCAGCCUAGACACGCACCUGUCCACCGUAGCGACCAAGCUGCAGGCGGUGUCCGCGACCAUCAACGCGGGGCUCGAGAAGAGCAUGGUGGAGAUCAUGGUGUCCGUCCCGCGUGUGGUAACCGAGGUGGAUCGAAUGGAGGCUGCCAUCAAGACCCUCAACGGCGAGCUGAUCAACCUGUCGGGCCAGCUGGAAUCGAUCGACCACGGCGCGAACGCCCACGUGGAGACCCUGGCGAGGCUAGACCUCGUGAAAACCAACAUGGGCGACUGCUUGCACACCCUCACCGAAGCCGCUUCUUGGAACGCUUUGGUGCGAGAGGUCAACGCCAGUUUCGGACAAGACGACUUGAAGGGCGUGGCCCAGCGGCUAGAGGCCAUGGCCGGUAGCAUGGACGUCUUGAAGGACAUGCCGGAAGCAGAGGACCGCGCCGCUACUCUCAGAGACCUGCAGGAGCGACUGGAGACGCUGCUGAAGCCCAAGUUGCUCGAGAUCGUGAAGAAAGACCGCAUGGGCCCAUUGAUGGAGUACGCCGCCAUGUACCGCCAGCUGGGCCGUACAGACGUCUUCAGGGCGGAGUACUGCAACACCAAGGCUGCCGCCGCGCACAAGCGCUGGUUCGCGUCGGCGACAAGUUCCGGUUCGGAGGGGGGCACCACGGGAAGCGGGCUGGCUAACUGGCUCCCGUCGUUCCUCGAGUACUUGCAGGGAUCGUUGAUGGACGAGCGCAAGAAGACUUCGGACUUGUUCGGUGGCGAUACCUCUCCCGCGGUGCUCUGCCAGCUCGUCGUGGUGGCCUUCCAGCCCCUCUUGGGAUCCUUCCAAAAACACCUCGAGGCAGCUCCUUGGACCGAAGCGGUAGCCCUCUUGACAGAGGUGCUGCGGUUCGUGAACCAGGCUGUGGACCUGUUGAGGGGUGCGAGCGAGAGAGAUUUGUUGGCGGUGUUGCUGUCGAGCACGUCGGGGUUCCGGCUCAUUCAGGACAGCUUUGGGGCGCACGAGCGGAGCUUCUUGUCUCUCGAGCUGCAGCCUCUACUGGAAACCCUCGGCGGCGUUACGAGUGCCGUGGAGAGGGGAGGGACGGCACCGGCGAUGGCCUUCACCCGGAGAAUGGAAGAGAUCUCCGAUGUGUCUACCAAGGGCUUUGUGGUCGUGCAGCAGUCGGCGGCGCGGUGCACCGAGCUGACGGGAGGGUACCAAGGCCGAGACUUGCUAAGGGAGGCGGCGGAAGCUCUUUCGGCUUUCGUGAAGGCCGUAAGGGAUGCGGCUCGACAGUCUCGUUCUUUUGGCAACCAACCGGCGACCGGACGGGUCGAGACGACCAGUUCUGCUUCGCCCGCGGCAGGCCGUUCACAAGAACAACAAGAGAAGUUCUUGGACGGAGGAGGAGGAAACGGCGAUUUCGACUGGCAGUACUUGCAGGGGGGGCUUGUUUUGCUCGGGGCUGCCGGUCGAUGCCAACGGUGCUUCGCCGGGGUAGAAAAGGAGUUUGCUUCGGCGCUCCUCCGAGAUAGAAUCGGCCUCUUCGCCUCUCCCGCUCCCCGCCUCUCCUCCCUAGCACUGCCCGCCAACUCCCCCCUUCCCAACACCAGCGGAGGGAGAGGGGCGGGAACCGUUCUCGAGAACGGCGCUUCCCCAUCCCCCGCCGCCGGUGGAGUGGCGGCGGCGGACGGCAGCAGCAGCAGCAGCAGCAGCAGCAGCAGCAGCGAGGAAGGCAGGGUGGCCGUGCUGAGGAGCCUGCUUGCGAGGGUGAGGCUCGAUGAGGACAGGACGGCGAGGGCGGAGACGAGGGCGAGCUUGAUGGCGCUGGUAGAGCCGUCGGCGGCGGUUCCGGGAGACGUGCUGCCGGCGCCUGCGAGAGAAGUACGCGCGCUGGCGGCCGACGCGCGGUCUCUAGUGUUCGACGUCUGUUUUAAGCCAGUCACCGCUAGGCUAGACACGGUGCCGACCUUGGUGUCCUGGCAAGAGGAGCAGGGGGGAGGGGGAGGGGGUGGGUGGGGCGCGGACGAGGGGGAUGGCGCUGAUGAGUACGAUACCGUUCCGCAGGCGUACAUUACGCAGGUCGGGGAGCACCUGCUGAGCUUGCUGCAGAACCUGGAGCCUUUCGCGAACAGCGACGCUUUCCAAGAUGCGGUGGAGCCCACGCAGGACCUGCACCUCCUCACAGAAGCAGCUUGGAGGGACUGCGGGCUAGCCUUGGAUCUGGGAGAAUCCGACCUCAUGCUGCUGGAAACCUUGUCUGGCGCGAAAGCAUCCACGGAGCCUCCGAAACACCGCUCUGCGUACGGUGACAAUGCGGGGGGUGGCAACAAUGAUGAAGACGAAGAGGAGGAGGAGGAGGAGGAAGAAGAGGGAGAAGCGGCCAAGUUCUGUACGGCGUGGCUGCUGUGCGUCGGGAGCGCUACGGUCGGGUGCUUGUUGGCCAAGGUUCUAUCACUCCCGCUUCUCAGCGAGAGAGGCACGAAGCACCUGGAGACAGACCUUAAGUACCUAUCGAAUGUCUUCCACGCCUUGGAUCUACCCGCUCCGCCUGUCUUGGAACACGUUAGCCUGCUGGCUGGUCUCAGCAGGGAUGAGGCUGCGACCCAUCUGGUACAAGAGAGAGUUGCCGGCCACGGGGCCGCUGGAAUUGUCCUGACGAAAAUGGAGCGACGACUAGCGGAAGCAAGAGGCAUCGCCCAUCCUUGAUGCUUCGAAUUGCGGUGGUGUUGAGCUCAUGAGGGCAACUUUGAUUUGUCGUCCUAUUCCUCCUGAUGAGGGUGGAGAAUUCUCAAAGGCCGCUUCGAAUGUGUUCGGGGGGCAUGCUUGUUUUCGACAUUUGAGUUGAUGGCUUCGUCUAUGAGGCCCACGGCCACUUGUGCUCGUGUGCGUACAGCGCGUCUGCAAGCGGGGGUUGGUGAAGUUUGAUGGUGCUCGUAGAUUGAACAUCUCUCUCCUCCCUUACUGUACAGAGUGAGAAAUGCGUCUAUCUUCAUUCUGUUACAAUAUGCCUGGAUGGUUCCCUCCCCCCUCCCGGUGUUCAAUAGUUGUGAAGGUUGGCACCGCAUCGACGGGGAGCAGAACCCCCACAUAUUCACCAGCUGAGAACUUUUUCGGUUUGUGAAAAUGGACGAAAUGCUGUAAGAACAUUAGAGGUCCCUGUUAAGUGCGGGGGUGUGCGCAAAAAUUUCACCGGCACUAGUCUAUACCCGGCACCGGCACUAUUUGUCAGAGUGCCUGAAUAGUGCCAAAGGGGCUCUAUUCAGGGUCCGAAAAUCCCUCCAUAGUGCCAGACCGGCACUUUUGACGAACAUGCUGCACCUUGGUGCUGUACCCGCCUCAGCGCACGUACUGCACACUUGCACAACCUGAAGUAAACCCUUCACAUGAAUAUCGCAAAGAAUGCACCUCAUAGAUGCCCAAUAUUUUGUUGGCAAGAAUGCCGUGGCACUGACUUUAAACGGAUCAAAUCAUUUCGCGCAACCUCAACAUCACUCCUCGACAGCGAAAGCAAACCACUGAUCAUGAAGCCCACGGGUUUUUGGCGGUAAAACUGUUGCGAAGCUCCUGCUGGCACAACCUAUUGGUGAAGGAGGAAGCUAAAUCUGUCUCCUCCUGACCCUCCUUCGAUGUAGCCAGAAUAAAGCAAAAA